AUGGCCUUGGGAGCCGUGAACGCGUUCCCCGACUGGCACGAGGAACAAGACGCGUACACGGGCGAGGAAUUGCACAUCCGUCGGUCUCCGUCACGGGGGCUGAGACUCGUCGCUGUGCUGGCAGCGGGCGGCGCGGCGCUGCUGAUGGGCGUCGCUGUGGUUUGGCAGCUUGCUGCGUCCAUCGCCACUGCGCGUGUAAUGAAGAAAGCGGUGCUGGACGGGGCCGACGCACAUAUUGGAGUCGCGGCCACUGCCCUGGCAUGGCUUUCUACUGCGGUAGCGGGGAUAGUGUUCUUUUGGCUCUGGCGUGUGAAUUGGGUUCAUGAUGUGUGUGACUUGGUGUUAGAGAGGGGGAAGGGGGGAGUGUGGGGGACGAGCAUGGGGAGCGGUAUAAAGAUGAGGUUGGGGAUGAGAGAUCCGGGAAUGCUGAAGAGGUCCAGUGUGCAAGAUGAUGGUUUGGAAGUUGAGAAAGAGGGUGACUCGGAUUGCGAUUCGUCGUUACUUGAUUUCUCGACCGGUUUACGACAUUAUUUGGACAUAAAUUCUACCGGCGAUUCUGCCUAG